CCGCAGACGGGAGGCCUCGGGACUCAGGCUCGGAGAUGGCGGCGAAUCCACCGGCCGCGGAAAGCGGCUCCUCCCGCCGCUGCCUGGCCACCCAGUACUUCAAUGAGGAGGAGAAUAACGCGAUGGAGAGCCUGACAACCAGCGAGCGGGUGGUGGAUCUGUUGAAUCAGGCGGCACUCAUCGCCACGGAUAACAAGAUCAGCAUUCUCAAACAGGUUCAGGAGCUGAUUUUGAAUAAGGAUCCCACACUGCUCGACAACUUUCUGGAUGAAAUUAUUGCCUUUCAGUCGGAUAAAUCUGUCGACGUCCGUAAGUUUGUGAUUGGAUUCAUGGAGGAGGCGAGUAAGCGGGAUAAUGAGCUGCUGCCGAAGUUAAUCGCCAACCUCAACAUGCUGCUAAAGAAUGAGAAUGUCAAUGUGGUGAAGAAGGUUAUCUUGACCAUGACCCAGCUGUACAAGGUGGCUCUCCAGUGGAUGGUGAAGUCACGGGUUAUCAGUGAAAUACAGGAGGCAUGUUGGGACAUGGUUAGCAACAUGCAGGAUGAUAUUGUGUUGAUGCUGGACUCUGACAAUGAUGGAAUCCGCACUCAUGCCAUUAAAUUCAUCGAGAGUUUGAUUAUCACGCUGUCGCCUCGCACCCCAGAUUCAGAUGUCCCCAAACGGCAGGAGAAUGAUAUUAGCCUGGAUCGUAUUGUGAAGGAUCACUCUUACAUCAAUGCCAGCAGUCUUCAGGAAGAGGGUAAAAUGGCGCUGGAACAACUCCUGAAAUUCAUGGUACAUCCUGCCAUUUCCAGUAUCAACCUGACCGCCGCGUUGGGCUCUUUGGCCACCAUUGCGAGACAACGCCCCAUGUACAUGUCUGAGGUCAUCCAAGCAUAUGAGACCCUUCACGCCAACCUGCCCCCGACGCUGGCCAAAUCCCAGGUCAGCAGUGUGCGGAAGAACUUGAAGCUGCACCUGCUGAGCGUGCUGAAGCACCCGUCCUCCUUCGAGUUCCACGCCCAGAUCACCACCCUGCUCCUGGACCUCGGCACGCAGCAGCAGGAGAUUGCCCGCAACAUGCCAAACCUGAAGGAUGUGAGGAAACGGCACCGAGAGGAGGCUGACCAGGGCAUGAAGAAAAUCAAGAUCGAGCCGCUGGGCGAGGAUGAAGACGACAAGGAUCUCGAACAAGCAGCUGCUUCUACAUCUAAGCCGUCUUCGUCCCAGAGCACGCAGUCUGCCAUUGACGUCACAGCCCAGUUUCUAAUGCCACUGCUUUUGCCGGAGAAUGUGGCGAACCUGGUUUUGAUCAGCAUGGUGUACCUCCCAGAUGUGAUGCCAGCCUCCUUUCAGGCCACCUACACACCAGUAGAGUCAGCAGGAACAGACGCUCAGAUAAAACACUUAGCCCGACUCAUGGCCACGCAGAUGACAUCAGCAGGACUUGGACCAGGAGUUGACCAGAUGAAGUUCCAGUCAGAUGACGACCUGAAACACGGGAAAGAUGUUAAAAGUGAGGGAUUGGUUAUCAAACGGCGGUACUCCACGCUGAGGCAAGGCCAGGCAAUCUCUGUUGUCGGAGCACCUUUUACACAACCCACAAAGGAAGAGGAACUGCAAGCAAAGCGCCGUGCGGAACCCAUUUUGCAAUCAAACCAGUCAAGGCCGGGACAGAGUGGACGGAAGAAGGUUUUCCGACUGGGAGACGUUGUUCAGCAGCUGCCUGCCGAUAAGAUAGACAAGCUGAAGCUCGGAGCCGUGCAGCGCAUCCUCAGAGCGGAGAAAGCGGUGGCGCGAGGCGGAGCUGGACCGAUUCGUGUGAAGAUCCUGGCACGCCUCGUGACGCAGUUUGAUGGGAAGAUGAAAGGCAAGAUGAUGGAUUUCAUCCUGGAGGACAUCCGGAGCCGCGUCGACCUGGCGUUUGCCUGGCUGUACCAGGAGUACAACCUGUACCUCGGCCAGUGGCCCAGCGGCAACCUGAAGAAUUACGAUGAGUGUCUGACCAGCCUACUGUCAGGGCUUCAGGAGAAACCAGACCAAAAGGACGGGCUGUUUACCAAGCUGGUCCUGGAAGCUCCAUCUAUAACUGACAGUGCGUUGGAGGUGAUCCGCAGAUACUGCGAGGAUGAGACUCGCAUUUACCUGGGAAUGUCGACGCUCAGGGAUCUGAUCUUCAAACGGCCCUCGAAACAGUUGCAGUACCUUCACGUGCUGCUUGAUUUGAGCUCUCACGAGAAGGAUAAGGUCCGCUCACAGGCGCUGAUGUUUGUUAAAAGGAUGUACGACAAGGAGCAGCUGCGUGAGUACAUUGAGAAGUUUGCCCUGAAUUACUUGCAGCUGCUGGUUCAUCCCAACCCACCCUCCAUCCUCUUUGGCGCUGACAAAGACACAGAGGUGGCAGCCCCUUGGACGGAGGAGACGGUGAAACAAUGUCUAUACCUGUACCUUGCCCUGCUUCCCCAGAACCACAAACUCAUUCACGAGCUUGCUGCCGUCUACACUGAGGCCAUCGCUGAUAUUAAGCGCACCGUUCUGCGUGUCAUUGAGCAGCCGAUCCGAGGCAUGGGGAUGAACUCGCCUGAGCUGCUUCUGCUAGUGGAGAACUGCCCGAAAGGAGCAGAAACCCUCGUGACUCGUUGCCUACACAUCUUAACGGACAAAGUUCCUCCAUCGCCUGAGCUGGUAAAACGAGUCCGCGAUCUCUACCACAAGAGGGUCCCAGACGUCCGCUUCUUGAUCCCCGUGCUUAACGGCCUUGAGAAGGUGCAAUUCGGUGAACACUGGCUAUCCUGCUGGACCUUACUCUCGUGGCCUUUCUCUGUACACAAGGCCAGUGUGGUCAGCAGUUUAUUUGCCUUCGGUGUGGGGUGGGUGGAGAAUCUCACCUCCGGGAUCCUGAUCCUGUCCCUGUAUGCAUCUUUCGAACAGGGGGCACCGGAUGCUGAUCACGAAAAGGAACUAUGGUCGAAAGAAGUAAUCCAGGCACUGCCCAAAUUGAUUAAACUCAACCCCAUUGUGGUGAAGGAGGUCUUUAACCGGCUCCUGGGAACCACGCAUGUAGGUGAAGGAGUAUCGGCGGCAAUUUCACCUCUGACCCCAGGUGACCUGCUGAUAGCCCUGCAUAACAUAGACUCAACCAAAUGUGACAUGAAGUCUAUAAUUAAAGCUACGAACCUGUGCUUCGCGGAGCGGAACGUGUACACGUCAGAGGUUCUUGCUGUUGUGAUGCAACAGCUGAUGGAACAGAGCCCGCUCCCUAUGCUGCUGAUGCGAACAGUUAUUCAGUCGCUUACUAUGUACCCGCGGCUUGGGGGUUUUGUCAUGAACAUCCUGUCCCGGCUCAUCAUGAAACAGGUUUGGAAAUAUCCCAAGGUGUGGGAAGGCUUCAUUAAAUGCUGCCAGCGAACAAAACCUCAGUCCUUCCAGGUGCUGCUGCAACUCCCACCCACUCAACUCGCCAAUGUUUUCGAGAAGUGCCCGGAGCUUCGUGAACCACUCUUGACGCACGUGCGAUCUUUCACACCCCACCAGCAAAAUCACAUUCCGAAGUCAAUAAUGACUGUGCUGGAGGCCAACUCGAAGCCAGAUGUGGAGACUAUGGAGCCUAAGCCAAUGAAUGAGGAGGAGGUGCAGCAUCUUACCAUUGCUCACACACAGAAGGAUCUGAUCACCAUGCGCUUGGCACAAGAGAAAGCCUUGAAGAGAAAACUGGAGGAGGAGCAGAAGCUCAAACAGCAGCAGCAGCUGGCUGCCCAGCUGCACCCACUCCAGACUGUCCCAGCCCCCCAACUGCAGACUGUCCCAGCCCCCCAACUGCAGACUGUCCCAGCCCCCCAACUGCAGACUGUCCCAGCCCCCCAACUGCAGACUGUCCCAGCCCCCCAACUGCAGACUGUCCCGGCCCCCCAACUGCAGACUGUCCCGGCCCCCCAACCCCAGACCGUCCCGACCCCCCAACCCCAGACCGUCCCAGCGCCCCCAUUCCAGACCGUCCCGGCCUCCUCAUUCCAGACUGUCCCAGUGCCCCAACUCCAGACUGUCCCGGCCCCCCCGCUCCAGACUGUCCCAGCACCCCCGCUCCAGACUGUCCCGGCCCCUCUUAGCUUGAUCAUCCCAGGCCCCCCAAUCCAGACCGUGCCAGCCCCUCUGAGCCUGAUUGUUCCAGGGCCCCCCAGCCAGGCUGCCUCCAAGUCUCCCACCCAGGCCAUUUCGCCCCCCACAAGCGAGGUUGCCUCCAAGUCUCCCACCCAGGCCAUUUCAGCGCCCCCCAGCCAGGCAGUCCCAAGUCAACCGACCACACCCUCUGCGGUAGCACUGAAGGAUGAACCAAUGGAAAUCAGCAGCAGUGUUCCUGAUCCAGUUGUUAGCAGAGAGACCGAGAACCCGACAAUCAUCAUCAACGUGAAGGACGAGGAGGAGGGACCGAUGGCUUUAGAUGAGACAUCCCAUGGGAUGGUCGUCAUGGAUACUGAUUCCGCUGCAGGAGAACACACCGGCCAGCAGCCAGUCCUCCACGAGGUGGGACACCUGGUGGCACGGGACCACGGGGACGUCACGGAGCAGGUCAUCCUGGUCAGGGAUGAGCCUGUGUCGGCAGGCAAGCCGGCGCCCAGCAGCGAGCAGUCGGCUAACCUGCCAGAGGAGCCAAUGGAGCAAGGUGCAGAGUCGGGAGGGGUGCCGGCGGAGAAAGUUGGCGAAGACGCAGAUAAGGAGCAGGCGGUUGCCAACGACGCUCAGCAGCCCAUCACCAAACGCAAAUCUGCUUUGAGGAAAGGCAGCUAAAGAACUUGAGCAGAAAUUUCAGCCAUUAGCGUUUACGUAGUUGUCUCGUCUCAGCUAGUUCAUCAAUAGCAGCCGAAUACUGACUGAAAGGGACAGAUAAAAGCCAUACAUUUUGAGGGAAAGAGGGAACCUGUGGUCUUACCUCAGGCUUCCUUUUUCCUGGUCUUUAAUUCAUGCACGGAUCCGAUUUAAGUUUUUUUAAAAACACAGUGAGGUCCAACUAGCAGUAAUUAAAUAAAUACCAGUCUGCCUGUUUUGAUGGUGUUGGUUGAGGGAGGAUUGUUUUCCGGUCCUGUUCCUCUAUGGGUGUGGUGGACCAAGAUUGUUCACUUCAGCUAGGCAGGCUUCUUCAACAGUGCAGCACUCUCUCGUUACGGCACCGAAAUGUCAGUUCUGACUACAGGUUCGAGAGCACCCGAAUGGGACUUGAACCCACAGUCUUUUUGACUGCUGACACCCAGCUGACUCUCGAUGCCCUUCAGAGCUGAUGAGCUGAUUGUGAGGGCAGGCCCUAUUGGAAAUGUUUGACUGACUCCCAAUCGCAGGGGAUUGUAAUCGACAUGAUGCGGGAGAGCCCACUGGGCCGAUUGUUGGCAAGUGUACACCAGUGUGGAAUGUGGGGCCACAUCUGACCCUUGUACAUCUCGGAGUCUGGAUUGAGCAUGCACAUCAACUGCCUCUCAAUUCAUCCUGUCGUGUUCAGCCUGGUCCAUUUGUGUUCUGCCCACUCUGGAUCUGAAUAUAUUCCUUGUGCGUUUGUAACCGAUUUAAUUAAAACCUGUUUCAGUCCAACUCUCAAAGGCUCGAGCAGGGUCUUGUUUCCUUUUAAACUCAAGUGAAAGUAUUUCUUGUUUUUUAAUUAAAAAAAAUAAAACAUUGGUGGAACGUGACUUUUUGAGUUUCUGUCAAACCUGUGUACAGAGUGAGACCAGUGUGCUGUCAAACUUUACAUCUGAAGCUGUAAGAAUAUGAAAAUGAAUAAAAGAUUGAAGUGUAUUAGAAUUUCAAAAUG